AUGGCGACCGUGAAACGUGUUACUGUGAGAGAUAUUGCUGUUUGGAACAAAGAAAAAUUCGAGGAAGGGUUAGGGUUUGCGAGGACAAUGUUUGGGAUAAGUUCGAUGCAUGAAGAGCAGCUGGAGGCUUUACGACAUUUUUUCCGAGGAAAACAUUUGUAUUUCAGCGCACCAACUGGUUAUGGGAAGUCCCUGAUUUAUCAAGUCAUACCAUUCGUCAAUGAUUAUCUGAUGGACCAGCUCACUUUACCAAGUUGCAUUCUUGUUGUAACUCCGUUGCAGUCUUUAAUGCUCGACCAAGUAUCAAAGCUUAGAGCAUUGGGUAUCAAUACGGCUGCCAUAUAUGCUGAUCAGUCAGAGGAAGUGCUGCUAGAAAUUGAAAAUGGCGGGGUAUAUAAUAUAAUAUUCACGUCACCCGAAUCAAUGUUGGCAACAUGUCGAUGGCGACGAUUUCUGUCCUCCACUGCAUUCAAGGAUUAUUGUGUCUGCGUUGCAUUUGAUGAAGCCCAUUGUAUAGCACAAUGCAAGUAUGUUAGCAAUGACACCAAGUUUGAGGUCCUAUUUUCAGAGUUGCUGGAUGAAUUGGCAGAAAAGGGUGUUGAAACAAUAAGGACUAUAAUCUUCUGUCAAACAAGAAACCAGUGUGCUCUUAUUUGGAGGACAUUCCAGCUGAAACUUGGGGAAAUGUUGUAUGCUGAUAGCAGUUCCAAUCUUCGAAGCAGGUUGGUGGAAAUGUUUCAUGCUGGUACUCCAUCUUCUGUCAAGGAGCAUGUGCUGAAAGAGGUUGGCGCUGAAAAAAGUUAUCUUCGAAUUUUAGUUGUGACAACAGCCUUUGGAAUGGGUAUCGAUUGCAAGCAAGUGCACAGGGUUGUACACUUUGGUCCCGCAAAAAGCAUUGAGGCAUAUAUUCAAGAAUGCGGCAGAGCUGGACGUGAUGGACAGAUUAGCUUCUGUUAUCUACUGUACAAUGGAUUUCUAACAAGUCAUUGUCAGUCUGACAUGAAGGAAUAUGUCACAAGUGAUAAAUGUAGGCGAAAGAAUAUUGAGAGCAUUUUCCCUGGCAGUCAUCCCAUAGCUACUACUCUUGGUUGUUUGUGCUGUGAUGUUUGUCUCUUGAAAUGUUCUUGUACCAUCCCAUGCUCUGCACAAAUCCUUCAUUUCUCAAAAAAGGAGGUUGUACCAGUCCCAACAAGAGUGAGAUUAGUAACACAGCAGCAAAAAGAUGAUCUGCUGAUGAGGCUUCUAUCAUUAAAGAAUGUUUUCAAACAAGAGUUCACCACAUAUCAAGAAAAAUCUACACCAAAGGUCAUGAUGGAGUUUACAGAUUUCCAUAUCAAUCAGAUUAUGCAGUGCUGCCAUCAUCUGUUCAAUCUCGAUGAUGUCCUAUCAAAAAUAGAAAUAUGGCGAAUGAAACAUGCAUCCCUGAUUUUCCAGUUAUUGAAUGGAACGUUUGGUGAUAUGGAAGUCCCUGAUGAUUUGAACCCUGAUGCAACAUCAUUUGAUCAUCUUGAAGAUGAAAUUGAAGACCACUGGCUUGACAUAAGGGAUGAUUCUGAUAUUAUGUCAUUUGGUGAUGUGGAUGUUGGUGAAAUUGACAGAGCCAUUGAAUCAAUUGACCAGUCUGGGACUCAAGAUCAUUCAUUGGGAUCUAUCAUUGAUUACCAUGGGGUGAAACCUUUCAUUCAUGAUGAAAAUGAUGAGCCAAUGGAG